GGGGAAUUUUGCCCGGGGAGUACAAACUAAGGGUCCAUGUAUAUGAUGUGCGCAUACAUUUAAGUAUGUGCCUUUUUCACGAGGGAAAUCAUUCAAAACUGCGGCGAAAUGGCCCCUACUGCCACCGAAAUGGCCGUCGCCAUAGCUGAGUCGGCCAUGGAGGCCAAGGAGGCCAAGCCUGAGGCCGUCCUACUGAGAGAAGAGAAAUAUAAGGCCCAACUGGAGGCAACCCGGGCUAGGGAGGACAUGCGCGUGGCCGUGACCCGGGUCAAGGAGGACAUAGCCGAGAUCUUGAUUAGGGCGGCCGAGGACCAAGCUAUUGCCAUUAAGGCCAGAGUCAGGACCGAAAAUACGCUUGAUGUCGCUACCGCCGUUGAUGCUGUGUCCUCCGCGGCAGCCAUGGCCACCAUAGAGUCCGAGAGGCAGGUCAGAACAAGACAAGAAGCCACUCCCGCAUCCAAGAGGGAGGAGUGACUUCAGCAUUAACAUGUGAAGCCCAUCCCCUAAUCUUUAAAGCCCAUUGCCUUACCUUUAAAGACCAUUCUCUAAUCCUUACAGCCCAUCCCAAAAUUGUUGAAAUAACUCGCUAGCCUGUUCCCACUGGUUCCCACCAAUCUCCCUUCACGUGUUAAUGCGAUUAUGCAUUUAUUCAAUGUUCACUCUGACAGAUCUAAGAAGAAUGAAUAAAAUCAUGUUUUUUUUUUUUUAUUUUGCACUCUGCUGUAUCCUGUGUACCCGUGUUAUAUAAGGAAAAAAUCUAAAGCACCAACUUCCAAAAAUAUGUUUCACUUUUUUAGCUGAUUAAUUAUAAAAUCAGUACCAACCAUUAUAAAGUAGUAAAAAUAUGAUGAUCAAAGAGAACAUUUUCAAAUUUUACCAGGAAUUGCCCUUGUGAAAAUUGAAAUGCUCUGGAACGCACAUUCUGUGGCUACUGAUUAAGUUGAGUUUUUUUUCAAUCGCGUUUCUAACAAGAAAUAUCCAGCACAUAAAUGGAUGUACUUGUUUCACGUUAUUAUCAAACGCAAAUCUGCCGAGUUCCAUGAUUAUGCCCUUGCAACUGAAAGGUUAGGUUACGCAUGGUAAGGUUAAGUUGGAGGAAGUUAAGUUCCGUACGAU